AUGUCCCGCUCUCGUCCUUCUGGUCUGUGUUUCCCUCCAGGUUUCAGACUCUCGAUACCCUCACCCAUCCAAUGGGACCGAAGUCGCCCCGUCAGCCCUGGCUGCCCGACUGCAUCAGACUUCGAUCUACCUGAGCGCCCUCCUCGCCAGCCGCGCACUAGAUCCAAGACCUUGCCUGUCAGCUGUGGGUCGCCGCGCCUCAUGAAUGAACCCGACAACGCUGCUGCUGGCCCUGUGCAACCUUUUUCGCCUCCGGUCAUCCCUCGCGGCACGUAUGUAGCGUUCGCUUUUGCUGCGGACGCCAGCCAUCCGGAAGAAAGCGGAGGGGUCACUAGCUGCCCAACACACCGAUACAUCGGUCUGGUCACGGACGCCAUAAACUCCGUGAAUGAAGAAGGGGUUCGAGAGACUCGAGAAAUCACGGUCAGUUAUGUGGCUCGGAGGGCUCCCUCGGAUUCUUGGGGCGUUUGUGACGACCACUGGCUGCCAAUUUCACCUGAAUCUGAAGAUAAAGUCGACGGUCCGAUACGACCACUCGAGACGACGGUACUCUUUCCUUACGUCGGCACUAAGCAAUGGACUACGGUGGGAGCAAGACUGAGAGUGGCUCAAUUGCACAAGUCUUCUCUGUCUUUCUGCUUACGUGACGAGGAACUGGGUCGCUUCGAAGACAUCACGACGGCGCAUUUGGAAGAUUUAACUGAGGCGAUGUCGCAACACAGUGGAGAGGACGAAAUCCCUGACAUGAUCCUGAUACCACAUCAAGGCGUAUUGGCCGACAUAUGGACAGACGUCAGAUUGGCGGGCGGAGUCAACGAUCCGAGCGAGUUCCUCGAAGGAGUCUCGGAAUCGGGCUGGUGA